AUGUCGAAUAUUGCCAUGCGGAUGAGCCGAAGCCAAAACGACGUGCGUCAGGAGCACAUGACCUUUGUCGUCAUAGGCUUAUCUGAGAAGCAAAGCGGUUGUUGUGCCCAGCAGAUCAGCACCCAGUGCGGUUGUCUCUAUAGCUUCAAAGCACUUACGUUUUUAUUUCAGAUCACAGUGGUUCUUGCCGUAUCGGCCCUCGCCCUUGCUGGGGGUCAUGGGGGUCACGGAGGGCACAGUCACCAACAUAGACACCAAGAUGACCAUGGACACUACAAGUUUGGCUACGACAUCGUCAACUACUACGGUGCCAGGAAUGGUCGCUGGGAGGCUGGGUCUGCUUAUGGCCCCGUCGUAGGCUCUUAUUACCUCGGCGACAUCGACGGUAGACGCCGUACCGUUGACUACGUAGCAGACAAGCACGGCUUCCGCGCCAUGGUGAAGACCAACGAACCCGGCACCAAGACUAGUCUUCCAGCCGCCACACCUUACGUAUCUGCUCACGGAAAGCACGUUCCAGCGUACGGCCACAGCGGUUACGGUCACGGAGGAUACGGUUACGGUGGAUAUGGUCACGGCGGCUAUGGAGGUUACGGUGGAUAUGGCGGAUACGGCCAUGGAGGUUAUGGCCGCGGAUUCUACGGUUAA